AUGUGCCCGGACCUCGGUCCUCCCGCCACCCACAUUUCCCUUCACGCGUCCCCUGGUGGAGAAGGAGGGUGCCAUGGGCGCCCCGGCUGCACUCAGGCCGUCAGUCCCUGUGAGAGGGAGGAUGGAGGGCAGCCACCUCUGAAUCUAGUUCUAGACUCAUCUAGAAUCUACAAGUGUCUCGUUAGUGCCUUCAUGCCGCUCCUGCCUCCUUCUUGUCUUCGAGUGGGGAAGAUGACGUCGGUGGCCAAGGUGUACUACAGUCAGACCACGCAGACGGAGAGCCGGCCCCUCGUGGGCCCAGGGGUCCGACGGCGGAGGGUGCUGACAAAAGACGGCCGCAGCAACGUCAGAAUGGAGCACAUCGCCGACAAGCGCUUCCUGUACCUCAAGGACCUGUGGACGACCUUCAUCGACAUGCAGUGGCGCUACAAGCUCCUGCUCUUCUCCGCGACCUUCGCGGGCACCUGGUUCCUCUUCGGCGUGGUGUGGUACCUGGUGGCCGUGGCCCACGGAGACCUGCUGGAGCUGGGCCCCCCGGCCAACCACACCCCCUGCGUGGUGCAGGUGCACACGCUCACGGGGGCCUUCCUCUUCUCCCUCGAGUCCCAGACCACCAUCGGCUACGGCUUCCGCUACAUCAGCGAGGAGUGCCCGCUGGCCAUCGUGCUGCUGAUCGCCCAGCUGGUGCUCACCACCAUCCUGGAAAUCUUCAUCACGGGCACCUUCCUGGCGAAGAUCGCGCGGCCCAAGAAGCGGAGAAUAGAGGUCGACGUGCGCCCAUCCCGGAAUCUGAACCCUUCCUUCGGUGUGGAGUGA